UGAGAGCGGUAAAGUAUGGUAAUCAAAAUUCAGAGUCCGCUUUUGAUGACGUAGAAUGUACGCGACACACAUUCGCGCUGGUCCAGAAUGGCAACAGUACAAGUGAGCGAGGCGGAGAAAGUGUAUAUUUUACACGGUAUACGGGAUGACUUGCGAGUGGACGGAAGAGGCUGUGAGGACUACAGACACAUGGAGAUAGAGACGGACGUGGUGUCCAAUACAGAUGGCUCAGCCAAAGUUUGUCUGGGACAUACAGCAGUCCUGGUAGGAGUUAAAGCUGAAAUCGGGAAACCCCGGCCUAUGGCUCCCAAUGAAGGCUAUCUGGAGUUCUUUGCUGACUGUUCAGCCAACGCAACCCCAGAGUUUGAGGGUCGAGGAGGGGAGGAGCUUGGGACGGAGCUGAGCAACACGCUUUACAAAGUGUUCAACAACAAGCGCAGUGUGGACUUAAAGAGCCUGUGCAUCAGUGAAGGGGAACACUGCUGGGUGCUCUAUGUGGAUGUGCUGCUCCUGCAGUGUGAUGGAAACCUGUAUGAUGCAAUCUCCAUAGCGAUCAAGGCAGCCCUCUACAGCACAAAAAUUCCCAAAGUAAAUAUGUCAUAUGAUGAAGAAGGGGGGAAGGAAAUCGAGCUGUCUGACGAUCCCUACGACUGCAUGAGGCUCAAUGUGGAGAAUAUUCCCUGUAUAGUGACUCUGUGCAAGGUGGGCCACAGGCACGUGGUGGACGCCACUCUGCAGGAGAAGGCGUGCUCCGUGGCGAGCCUGAUCAUAUCUGUUACGAACAAGGGAACGGUCACCUGUGUGAGGAAGAUGGGAGGAGGCAGCCUGGACCCUGAGAGCAUCUUUGAAAUGACACAGACAGGAAAACGUGUCGGGAAGGCUCUUCACAUGCCUCUCAUGAAGCUGCUGCAGGGAGAAGAAAGUUUGGGAGCAAAACGACAGAAAGUUGGUUUCCUCGGUUAGGUUGAUGUCACCGUCGGUAUUUGUCAUAAUAUAUCAUCUGUUAUUAUUUGAAAUGUUACAUUACUUUUCCAUGAGAGUGGAUGCUUUUAUAAAGUACGUAUCUCAAUCACUCAUCAUUUCAUAAUUUGAUUGAACUUUUUUUUUUAAACCCAGAAAAGACUUGUUCUUUUGUAAUUUUGUCAUUGUAUAUAAUAAAUCUUUGUCCGUG